AUGGCGCAGGUGGACGCAUCCGGGAAUGUCUUCGUGGCCGGCUUUACAGCCUCCACUGACCUGGACAGCCAAAGCAAUGCUGGCAAUACUGACGUGUUCGUGAUGAAAUUCGACAGUGACGGGGCCCAUCAGUGGACCAUCCUACGGGGUGGUCCGGGUGAUGAGUUUGCAUAUGGUUUGCAGGUGGACGCAUCCGGGAAUGUCUUCGUGGCCGGCUAUACAGCCUCCACUGACCUGGACAACCAAAGCAAUGCUGGCGAUUUUGACGUGUUCGUGAUGAAAUUCGACAGUGACGGGGCCCAUCAGUGGACCAUCCUACGGGGUGAUUCGGGUGAUGAUUUUGCAAAUGGUUUGCAGGCGCGGUGCGCGACCACCCCUUCGGACGUUGUCCUUGAUGUUAAAUUCUUCGACAGGGUGGAUGAAGAAGCGGCAUUGUCCUUUACGAUUGGUCGCCCUUUGAUCCUAUGGUGA